AUGAUAAAAUCUAUUGAGAAUGCAUCAUCAUGCGUCAUCAUCAUCAUUAUCAUCAUCAUCAUCAUCAUCAUCACUACCACCACCUUCAUUAUCGUCAUUUUCAUCAUCAUUUUCGUCAUUAUCAUCAUAGUCAUCAUCACCAUCAUCAGCAUCAGCACCAUCAUCAUCAUCAUCAUCACCACCAUUAUCAACAUCAUUUCAUCACCGUCCUCUCCAUACUCGCCUCCUAGUGGUUCUCAAUCCCAAUGCUUUAAGGCUAUGCCACUUCCAGGGAUUCGUUUGCUGAGGAAAAUACCGAGAAACUCGGACAGCUCCGACUCGGCGGGCUCCCUGCACCGCGUCCUGCACCCCACCCUGCCUGACGUGGACCUGCACGAAGAGUAUGACGUCAUCCGCGCCCUGGGCGACGGCUGCUUCGCCAGGGUGCUCCUGGCCCGGCACCGCGCCUCCGACUCCACCGUGGUGCUCAAGGCGGUCCACUGCGAGCUGACGACCCUCAGGGAAUUCUACCGCGAGUACCACUACGCGUACCGCCUGUCGCCGCACCCCAACAUCGUGAACACCUUCUCGGUGGCGUUCCGCGCCCCGCUGGAGCAGAGCCUGGUGUUCGCCUCGGAGGCCGCCCCGCUGGGCGACCUCAUGGGGCUGGUGCGUGCUGGCGGGCUGCCCGAGGCCCCCGUCAAGCGCGUGGCUCAGCAGGUCGCCGCCGCCCUCAACUUCAUGCACACUUCCAGGCUGGUGCACCGCGACAUCAAGCCGGAGAACAUCCUGGUGUGGCACGCGGACUGCACCCUGGUCAAGCUGUGCGACUUCGGGAGCACGCGCACGGUGGGCGAGCUGGCGAUGCGUCCGCGCGGCGCGUGGUGCGCGGCCCUGGCGCCCGAGCUGACCGACGCGGUGCGCAACGAGCGCGUGCCCUCCAAGCCCGCCGCCGACGUCUGGGCCCUCGCCGUCACCAUCGUCGUGUGCCUGACGGGGAACUCGCCGUGGCACACGCCCGCCGCCAUCGCCGACCCCAACUACAGGGCCUACCGGCGCUGGCAGAAGCGGCGCACCGCCCAGGUGCCACUCGCCUUCAGGAAGUUCUCGCCCAGGCUGCUGCGCAUGCUGAAGCGCAUGCUGGAGGCGCACCCGGAGAAGCGGCCGGCCGUCACCGAGGUCGACAAGUACCUGAAGGACGCCUGGUUCCUGGACGGCGGCAAGGGCCCCAGCCCGUCCUCCUCUGCGCACGCCGUCUUCGCGGGGUCGCCCACGGAGCCGUACGGGCCCCAGCCACGCGGGCCUCGCGCCAACGGCCAGCCCAGGGGCCCCAGGGGGCACUUCAACGUGUGCCCGCAGUGCCCCGAGCCCACCUCCGGGCCGGCGGACAAGCCCGACCCCGCCAAGGGCCGCCUCCGGGACAUCCUGACCAGCUACGGCCUGGAGACCACGGUGGACGAGGGCACGGCCAACCAGCGCAUCGAGGCCUGGAACAUCAACUGCAGACUAAAUGUUUAUGUACCUUUAUUCUCCACAAGUAUUGACUUAUUCAAACAUCUGUGA